AUGGCUGACAUGUUGGCAAAGAUUUUGGCAUCGAUCUUGGAUGGAUGUGCUCUCUACUCCAAAGUCUCCUUCCUGCCUCCGUCACUCACUUACAUCAAAGGCAUUAAAUUCAUUUCUGGGGUAUGUAUGCCCUGCCAAAGGCAUGCUGUUAGCAAUUUACGGAAUCAUUCGAAGAGGAUGGACAUACAAUGGAUCGCAUUUCUCUCAGGCCAAAACUGUGAUGAGAGCUUUAGACCUGGUACUUGGGCGCACAAAUUACUCCAAAUGAGCGUGAAAUCUUUGCAGAAGAUUGCAGAUAUGAACAACCUGCCAACAGAAGCACUAGCUCCCGCAAUAUCUCAAUUCUGCUCAAAAGCAAUAAAUCCUUUCGUAAACUCGAAACUGAAUAUGCUGACUACUGUUAACCAGAUCAUGAUAUCUUCAACUGUGGAAAGAGUGGAUUGA